AUGAAUAAAUUAUUGUCCGAGACAACGCCAGUAUGGGAGCCAGGUACAGCACAUGGUUAUCAUGGUAUGACUUUUGGAUGGUUUUUAAGUUACUUAAUAAAACAUGUUGAUCCAAAACAUAGAACCAUUGGACAGUUUUUGCAAGAAGAAAUAGCUGAUAAUUUUGGGAUUGAUUUUUUCAUAGGUUUGCCUAAAGAGGAAGAUUAUCGAGUUGCGAAGUCAGACGUUUCACCAUGGCUGUUUUUUAAGAUGAUGCUGAGUGCAAAAUAUAGACCUUUAGGUAUCAACAUCUUGUUCCGACCAAACAGCUUGAUUUCAAGGGCAAUACGCGUCCUUGGUAGUUUUGGAUCAGAAAAUGUCUACCAGUAUCGAUCUUUAGAAAUCCCCUCAGCUAAUGGAAUCGGUACAGCUCGGGGAUUGGCCAAGUUGUAUGCUAUAUUAUCUAAUGGAGGUGAAUGGAACGGGAAAAGAUUAUUAUCAAAUAAUUUAGUCAAGAAAUUCAAAGAAUGUAACGAAAAAAGUGAAGAUAAAGUAUUGUGUAAAUUGAACAACUUUUGCCACGGGAUGCAUCCCCACUUUCUAAUUACGGGUCUCCCGGAUACUUAUACAGAGAAUCUUUUUGGUCAUUAUGGACAUGGAGGUCAAGGUGCUUUCUUUGAUGAAAAAAGUCAUCUUUCAUUCGCGUACAUUACCACUAAAUUGUCCCCUUAUGGCAGUGGUGAUGAUGGUAGAUACCAAGCACUAGUCAAACCGGUUUUGGAAACGAUAAAUAAACUAAAAAACAAAUAA